AUGGUCACAAAGCUUGCCAUCCCAACGGCGAAGACGGCUUCUAUGUUCCGGCUCAUGCGUUUAUUAGUACACUCUGGCUUCUUCGCAGUUCGAAAAGUCUGCAAAAUUCAACAAGAAGAAGAAGAAGAAGGAUAUGUGCUCACACCUUCUUCAAGGCUCCUUCUUAAAGAUAAUGUCAUGAGUGUGACACCCUUGUUGCAAGCAGUGCUUGAUCCAAUCUCAAUGACACCUUGGAAUUUCCUUAGUGAAUGGUUCCAGGGAGAUGGUCUCACACCAUUUGAGACUGCACAUGGCAGGACCUUCUGGGACUAUGCAAGCCAAGAUAUUGAACUCUACAACAUCUUCAACGAGGCCAUGGCAAGCGAUGCUCGAUUGGUGAUGAGUGUGGUUAUUACAAAGUGCAAGGGUGUGUUUGAAGGGUUAGGAUCAUUGGUUGAUGUAGGGGGUGGCACUGGAACUGCGGCUAAGACCAUUGUUGAAACCUUCCCAUCCUUGAAAUGCAUGGUGUUUGAUCUCCCACAUGUGGUUUCUAGAUUGAAAGGGAAUGAGAACCUUACAUAUAUUGCAGGUGACAUGUUUGACUCAAUUCCUCAUACAGAUGCAGUUCUGCUCAAGGCAAGUUAA